AUGCCUGCGACAGAUCUUGAAGUCGCCAAUGGUGCUACCACUAUGAUCGCGGCCAGCGCUUUCUUUGACACACUUGACCCUUCGAGACCGUUUCCUACGAUCAUCACUUGUCCCUCCGAGUUUGUGGCCCUGUCGGCUGCACUUGGUUACGCUCAAGUCACGGGGAUUCCGCAAUGCGUCCUUGUCCAUGUCGACUGUGGUACGCUGGCUCUCGGCCAGUCGAUCCAUAAUGCCUCUGUGGCCAGAGUUCCGGUGCUUUGUUUCGCAGGGUUGAGUCCCUCAACGCAAGAUGGCGAGAAAGUGGGAUCACGGACAGAGUAUAUCCAUUGGCUCCAGGACGUCCACGACCAGCAAGCCAUUGUAAGACAAUACUGUCGGUAUUCGGGAGAAAUCCGGAUCAGCGAAAAUAUCAAACAAGUCACUCUUCGAGCUUUGCAAUUCUCAACCUCGGAUCCUAAGGGCCCAUGCUAUCUUGUUGCCGGGAGAGAAGUUCUCGAGCAGCAUAUUGAGAUUCCCGAUCUCCAGGGACUUUCAAUGGGCCCUAUUUCACCGACUGGUCUCCCAGAAUCAGGUGUGGAAUUGAUCUCUCACGCCCUCAUUAAUGCCAAACGGCCUUUGAUCAUUACCGGAUAUUCCGGGCGUAAUCUUCGUGUCCCUCCGCUUCUAGCCAAACUUUGCGAUCAGUUACCGAUUCGAGUCGUUGAAACGGUUGGCUCUGACUUGUGCAUCCGUCAUGAUCAUGACGCCUAUGUUGGGUUCACUGUGAGGACACAUCCUGAGGUUCUCAAGGCUGACGUGAUCAUCGUCCUGGACUGUGACGUGCCUUGGAUUCCAACAGCAGGAAAGCCUGCGAAAGAUGUGACAACAUUUCACCUGGACGUGGAUCCUCUCAAACAGCAAAUGCCGCUCUUCUACAUUAACGCUGGGAAACGGUAUCGGGUCAGUAGUGAGCUCGCCAUCACACAGCUCAUCCAUUUCCUCAAUCAGCAAAAUUUACGACAGGAGCAUCAUGCGGCUGCCUUUGAGGAACGUGCCCGGGAGGCACGAGCAUGGAGGCAAAAUCUGCGUGAACUUGAGGCUCCCCCUAUCGACGGCACCAUUCGAAUGCCUUUCCUGGCAGCCCGCCUACGCCAUCAUGUGCCGCCCCAAACUACGUACGUGCUCGAGGCCGUGACGAACGCGGCAGGACUAGUCGACCAUUUGGGCUUGGUUGAGCCAGGGUCUAUGUAUGGCAGCGGCGCUGGUGGGCUGGGAUGGGGCGGUGGUGCAGCUCUGGGUGUCAAGCUUGCUAAACCAGGCUCUUUUGUCUGCGCGGUACUGGGAGACGGCACCUUCUUCUUCGCCCAGAUGGACAGCGUCUAUUGGAUUUCCCGACGCUACGACAUCCCGUUCCUCAUGGUAGUUCUGAACAACGGAGGCUGGGAGGCUCCUAAGGUGUCCGCCCUGUUGGUCAAUAAUGCCGGGUUGGCCUCGCAGGUGUCGAAGAAAACAUUGAAUAUUUCUUUUGAACCGUCGCCAGAUUAUCCUGGCAUCGCCGCCGCCGCAGGAAAGGCCUGGGGCAGAACCGUCACGGAUCCGAAAAACCUCGACACGGUUUUGAGCGAAGCUGUUAAUGUUGUGAAAGGGGGAAUAUCAGCUCUUGUGGAAGUCAGGUGCGUUACUCAUUGCUAUACACUGUCGAAAUUGGCUGUGGUCAAUCAGAUUUCGCCCCCGUUCCACAAUGCUGACUUGGGGGAACAUUCGCAGAAUUCCAUCCCGGUGGCCCACGUUCCCCGAUGUGCCUGCGUGAAUCGGCACUUCGUGGGCCGUGAAGUCAAUCGAAAAUAG